AUGGGUUGUCCGGGAUUUACAGAACCUCAGUAUAUUCCCAAACCUGAGUCAUCAGCCUCAAGGUCAUUGGUCUUUCCUGAUGAAGCCAUUUGGACAGGACAUCCAAGAUUCAUAACAUUGACACGAAAUGUUAGAGAAAGACGAGGAGCGAAAGUAGCAAUGAACAUGCCAAUAUACAAAGAUACCUCCACUCCUAACACCAUUAUUGAGCAAGUUCCAAAUGAUGAUGGCACUGCUAAAAUUAAUGGAAAACCUGAUCAUAUCUAUAUGGAUUGUAUGGGAUUUGGAAUGGGAUGUUCAUGUUUACAGGUUACCUUUCAAGGCUGUGACCUUGAGGAGUCUCGUCAUCUCUAUGAUCAGCUAUUCAUGUGCCCCAUAAUGUUAGCACUAUCGGCUGCCUCUCCAAUAUUUCGAGGAUAUUUGGCUGAUGUUGACUGUAGAGGGGGUACAAUAGUUGGCUCAGUUGAUGAUAGAACACGAGAAGAAAGAGGACUAGAGCCAUUGAAGAAUGAUAAAUACAUUAUACCAAAGUCCCGAUAUGACUCCAUUGAUAUGUAUUUGGCUAAUCCUGACUACAACGACAAAGAUAUAUCCAUUAAUGAGGAAGCAUAUCAAAUCCUGCGAGAAAACGGUAUUGAUGAAAUCUUAGCAAAACAUAUUGCUCAUUUGUUUAUUCGAGAACCUAUUUCUUUAUUUGCUGAGAAACUUGAACAAGAUGUUGAGAAUGAGUCUGAUCAUUUUGAGAAUAUUCAGUCAACUAUGCAAAGUAUGAGAUUUAAACCACCACCACCAAAUUCCCCCAUGGAUGGAGAGUAGAAAUUUAGACCAAUGGAGCUACAAAUCACAGACUUUGAAAAUGCUGCCUUUGUUGUAUUCAUUGUCCUUGUAACACGAGCUAUUCUCUCAUUUAAACUCAAUUUUAUGAUACCAAUAUCAAAAACAUCUUAG